AUGAACAGCGUUUAUUUGUUCUUUCAGCUAGAAGAACAGUCAAAACACCUAAGUCAAAAAGAAGAUGUGGCUGCCUUAACAAAGCAAAUUUAUGAUUUAUCAAUGGAAAAUCAUAAAGUUAAGAAAGACCUUUUAGAAGCACAGACAAACAUAGCCUUCCUCCAGAGCGAAUUAGAUGCUUUGAAAAGUGAUUAUGCCGAUCAGACUCUGAAUUCAGAAAGAACAGCUAACCGGAAGUUACAUGACAGUAAUGAGGGCCUUAGGAGCGCCCUUGAAAACAGUUACAGCAAGUUCAACAGAUCUUGGCACAUAAGUAAUAUAUCACCAGGGAAUAUAAUUUCUAGGAGGAGUCCCAAAUUUAAUGGUCAUUUUCCUCAUCCUCUGGGCUAUGACAGGUCACCCCGCUCCUCCUACGUGGAUGAGGACUGUGACUCGUUGGCCCUCUGUGACCCUAUGCAGAGGAUGAAUUGUGAGGUGGAAAGCCUUCCUGAGAGCUGCUUUGACAGCGGUUUGUCUACCCUGAGAGACUCCAAUGAAUAUGACUCGGAGGUGGAAUACAGGCACCAGAGGGUGCCUCAGAGGUCACAUGGCACGCAGGAGAGCUUUGGGGGUGAUGCUUCAGACGUAGACGUUCCUGAUAUAAGGGAUGAAGAGACAUUUGGUGCCGAAGGUGUGGCUGCCAUCUUAGACUGGAAACCCCAGGGGUCCACUAGUGAGGGCAGCGUCAUCAGUUCUUCAAGAAAGCCCAUCUCAGCUCUGUCACCACAGACAGACAUGGUGGAUGGCGACCAUAAAUCUUCCAGUUUACAGAAGGCUUACGAGAUUGUGCUUGCUGGGGAUGCUGCAGUGGGGAAGUCUAAUUUCCUUACGAGGCUCUGCAAGAAUGAAUUUCGAGGAAAUACAAGUGCCACCCUGGGAGUCGAUUUUCAGAUGAAAAUUCUCCUUGUGGACGGAGAGCACACAGUCCUGCAGCUCUGGGAUACGGCUGGUCAGGAGAGGUUCAGAAGUAUCGCCAAGUCUUACUUCAGAAGAGCAGAUGGCGUUUUGCUGUUGUAUGAUGUUACGUGCGAGAAAAGCUUUCUCAAUGUUCGAGAAUGGGUGGACAUGAUCGAGGAUGCAACCCGGGAGCGUGCUCCGAUCAUGUUGGUAGGAAACAAGGCUGACCUCCGUGAUGCUGCUGCAGCAGAGGAACAGAAGUGCAUCCCAGGAUACUUGGGAGAAAAACUGGCCAUGACCUAUGGGGCAUUAUUCUGUGAAACCAGCGCCAAAGACAGCUCGAAUAUAGUGGAAGCUGUUCUCCAUCUUGCUCGGGAAGUGAAAAAAAGGACCAAUGAAGAUGACAGCAAAUCUAGCACCAAUCUGACCAGGACCAGUUCCAGAAAGUCAAUGCAGAUGAAGUACUGUUGCAGUAGUUAAAUCCCAAACAUCCUUGGCCUGUCAGGUCUUCAGGCCCAGAGUCCUGGGUGUCUGUGACUUGUUUGCUUCUCACAGAGGUGUGCGUCCUCCAGACAUGGCCAGGUGGAAGCUGACAGUGAGGGCCUUGGAACUGUGCUCUUAGAUCCUUCUGGAGCCCUGGCUCUUUGCUAUGUUUCAGUGAAUGAUUGGGGCCCCGUAGUUGAAGGUACUUGUCUUGUCCUUACAGAGUCUCAAAAGAGAACAUGUAAAAAAAAUGGUUAAAAAAAAAUCAUAUGCUCAGAUCAAAGCUGUAGAAGACACUUCCUGAUGUAGAUUCACAUGGUAGCUGACUUUGUAGAUAACCU